AUGCCACGGACGAUUAUGAAUGGCUCUGACGCUGACGCGGGUGGGAUUGUGGUGCCGGACCCAAAGGCACCGUAUCAUCUGUAUGCGCUGGGAUGGUUUGUCGAUCAGGUCUGCGGGGAGACGUUCUAUUGGCAUAGUGGGAGUUGGCCGGGGUUUGGGAUCAUGGUGGGAUUAAUUCCGGAGAGGAAGUGGGGGUUUGCCAUGAUGGGAAAUGCGGUGGAUGCGAGGCGUGUGGAGAGGGAGUUAUAUUUGUAUCUGAUUGAGAGGUUGGUGGGGAGCUCAGGACCGUCGCAGUCACAGCCGCAGUCUACCAGCACUAAGGGGAGGAGGUCGAGGACAGCAGAAUCGGAGAGUCCGGGUCAGGAGAAAUGUCGACUUUUCCCUGGCUACCCGGAUCCGCCCAUCCCACAUGCUCUUCCCUUGCAGCAAUAUGCGGGUGUUUACAGUCAUCCCGGGUACGGGUCAUUCGGGCUGGUUGUUGAGGAUGGGAAGUUAGGAGCGGAUUUGACGGACAGGGUGGGAAGACUGCGAUUCGUACUUGAGCAUGCAAGCGGCGAGUUCUUUGUUUGUGUUGCGUAUACUCCGGAGAAGGGCGAGUCGCUGGGAGAGACGUUCCUGACGGAGUUUUAUGUGAAUUAUAGUGGGGUGGCUGCGAGGGUGGGAUUGGAUUUGGAGCCUGCGUUGGGUGGGAAGAAGAUCUGGUUUGAGAGAGUGUCUGAUUGA